UGUCUUGACCAGGAAUUGGAGAUAGCGUUCUUCAACAUAAUUUCACUCUCCAAUUUCCACUUUGCUUUUUACCACAUUUCGAGGCUAAUAUAUACCAUAGUCAUGCGUGUAAAAGGCUAAGCGUUUAUUGUAAUAUAAAGUGUAUAAAAGAGGUUUCUCAUUCCGCCAAUAUCCUCUGAGUGAUAAAUUCGCCCGCAUGGUAUAGACGCAGGAAAGGUAGUAAAUAGUUAAAUUGUUAGUAUAUUAUUUUCUGGUUAAGCAACUUCCGGCCCCAAGGCACCCAGGAAACACCGCAUUUACCAUCAAACGCCAUUACCAAUACCUCAAUUUCAUUUGAUGAAAAAGUCGAAUUGAAUUUUUUCGUUUCAUCAUAUAUCCCUUUCAGUCAGAAAUCAAACCCAACAAAUUUUCUAUUAAAAUUCAUUCUCUUCAUAACACAUUAUCUCAAAACAGCAUUAUCAUUUUUAAAGUUCCCAUCACAAAAUCAGUCACCUUGUUAGAUAGUUUCAUAAAAAAAAACUAUUUUUCAGAAAAUCGAGACAAAGUUUUACAAUCUGACUCCAACUACUUUUAACUUACAAUAACUUGAAAAAGAAAUAGAUAUAAAAACAGCAUCGCACAAUUUAGCAUGACCGAUUCGCAGUCGACGAAGACUAGGAAAGUGUUCGUGCCAGUUGACGGGAGUCCGGACAGCGAGAGGGCCUUCAGUUGGUACAUUGCAAACAUGAGGCGGGAUUCGGACAUAGUGAGAGUGUUCCACAUACCCGAACCUGUGUCACUCCCUCUAUUUACACUUACAGAAGGCGUCAACACUCCGUUUAAGAACUGGGAGAGUAAAUUGCAGGAUAAGCUGAAGAAAGUGACGGAACUGGAAGACCACUACAACUACAAACUAGUCAGCUGCAAACUAGCUUCCCAUGGAUCUGUACUCAUCUCCCAGAACGAGGUGACAGGGAAGGAGAACCUGGCCCAUGAGAUCUGCCAGGAGGCAGACAAGUUCGAGGCGGACAUGAUAGUGAUGGCCAGUACAGGGUGGGGAGGUGUGAAGAAGAAGCUGCUCAAGGGGGGCAGUGUGGCUAACUUCGUUGUCCAGAUAGCACUUCUGCCGGUGAUGCUGGUACCCACAGCCAAAAAUGAGGCGAGGAUGCAGGAGCGAAGAGCCAGCAUCAGACGGGACAGCAAUUGUUCCAAUUAGACACUCGGAAAAAACUCAAAAUUAAGAGAAAAGUAACCAACAUAUGAGAUGAGAAGGGCAUAGUUAUGAAAACUAAAACAUUUUUAAAACUCUACUAAUCGAAAAAAUGAUAUAAGAUUGAGAACUUGAACUCAAUUAUGCAAUGUUAUUGAUAAUGAAAUACAGGAUCAAUUGAAGAUGACGUUUUUCUAGAAUGAUAGAUUAUGAAUAUUUUCAACCAAUUUUAAACAGUAACAUCUAGUGUAGUUUGUCUAUUGAUAAAUUAAUGUCUUUUUAAA